AUGCCUGCAGAAACAUUCCAUACGUUCCUUGCUCCCCCACCAAGGUACAAUUUCAACCGCCCCGGGAGCGCAAGAACUGCCAAUGCCCCAAACCUGUUGAUCGCUAUCAAGUCACAUGGCAUAACACUCAACAUCAUAUCGCCCGGCGGGAGCAUGUCACCCGAACACCCGGAAUUCGAAAAUAUUGUCCUCGCAGCUAUCGAUAUCGCAAGUGAUGGCGCUCCAAGAUUAUCCGUUGGCAAACUCUAUUUCAAUCCUAUCCUCCUUGGAGAAUUGCGAGAUGUAACUCUGGUUACUCGGGAUGGAAAGGAGACAAUGUUGUUUGUUGAAAUAUUCUGCAGCCAUAAGUAUCGAGCUAAAGCCAUCGAGAAUAUGCUUCAAUCGGUUGAUGCUGGAGCUUUGAAGUUGGAUAAAUGUAGUAUCUGUAUGGAGUCGUUUGAUGCGGCUAAUGAAAAUAAAUUCAACGAUCAUAGAACAGCCAAGUUGCCCGAAUGUGGACAUGUUUUUGGUCGAUACUGCAUCACUAAUUGGUUGGAGAUGAACAGCACAUGUCCGAUGUGUCGAGAAGAAGUGGAGCUGGUACUUGAAUUCGAUCUACGAGUAUGGGUGGAUUGUGACUGGCAGAUGCUUUAG